UGUGCAGAGCACCAGGAGUGGCGACUGUCAGGAGGACUAGAUGCUUGUGCUGGCCGAGUGGAGGUCUAUUACCAUGGCAUCUGGAAUACCAUCUGUGACGGUAGCUGGUACCAGAAUGAGGCUGAUGUGCUCUGCCACUCCUUGAGCUGCAGUGACAAAGCUCUAGAACCAAGGGUGCCUUUCGAGCAUACACUGCUGGGAAAGAUGUAUUACCAGUGUUCGGGGACUGAAGACUCACUUGCCAGUUGUGAGUGGCGCUACAACAAAGCCACUCUGUGUGAUCAGUUCAGAGCGGCUGGAGUGAUAUGCAAUGGCUCACUGGGCUUGCAGGGGCCUACAAAUACAACAGAAAUGGAAAUGGUGACUUCAGUCUCCCAUCUACCCAGCCUCUAUUUGACGAUUCCUGAAGAGAAGGAAGCAACAUCACCAGAUCAGAAACUGCAGAUCGCUUGCAUCAUUCUGGGUGUUCUCCUUUUUCUGACCACUGUGAUGGUUAUUAUCCUUUCGCUGAAUAGACGCAAGAAAAACGGUACCUUUGGUUGUGUUAUUUCUUCUGCUUCAGUAUCUGCCCCCGUCUUGAUGAAUCACACUGUGCAGAGUUUAACCACUGAAGGGAAUGUCUCCCCAAGUCUCCCCAAAACAGAAGAUGUGAUCCCUUCUCCAGCUCAUGAAGACUCUGAUUCUGAUUAUGAAGCCUACGAUUUCAGCAUGAAGCCACCUGUGCUUCUCUCUACCUUCUACAAUUCUCUUCGCUAUCAAGCAACUGGUGAGGAGCUUUCACCCCACAAUUUCCCCCUAUCAACAAUGCACCAGGAUGAUGCGACCAUGCAUCCAGAGGACUAUGGACAACAGGGGCCUACAGCUGAAGACAGUGACAGCACCUCUUCUGGAGAUGCAGACUGGUACGAGAAUAUCCAAAAACCAGAGCAACAAAUAGAGCAACCAGGAGAUGAAAAUUCCUUUGCAGGUUUGACCACUUUUGCCAGACCUUUGUCAAACUGCUUGACUGGUUCUGGAAAUGAUUCAUUUGACAGCAGUGACUACGAUAACAUGUGACCCUAAUGACCUGGGCUACUGAAGGGAGACAGCCCCAUGCCUAGUCUCUCCUUCAGAAAUGGCCAAGGCUGGCAACAAUGACCUGAGACCUGAGAGAGACAACUUUCCACACUUUCAGCCUUGAGGACUCAGCCCUGAAAAAGAAGAUCAGAGGAUCUCAGAAUCUUCAGAAUCUGCAAA